AUGGUGAAGAAGGCCAAGGACAAGGCCGACAAGCCUGCCCCAGGCCCGUCGAAUCCCUCCAAAGAUGGCACCAAGGGCAAAAAGGGUCAGAAGACGGAAGCGCCGCCCCCUGUGGUGCCUUCGGCCGGGCCUCCCAAGCCCACGGUCAAGCAAAUCAUCGGGGGCUCAUCCUGGACCGGAAAGCUGCCCGUCAACCUACUGAGCGAGUACUGUCAGAAACAACGGUGGGACAAGCCCGACUAUGACACGAGAAAGACUUCCGAGGGCUUCUCGGUCUGGGUCACCUUGGGCGCAAAGGAUGUCAAGACACAGCAGCACAUCAGACUGGACCCCUUCAAGAUUCCCCAAAGCCACAAGCAUCUCCUCUUGAGAGACACGGCGCUCGAGGCCAAGCACGCAGCGGCAACAUAUGCCCUGUUUCGAGUCUGCAGCAUGCAGAACAAGCACACCGUGCUCCCGCCAGAUCACAAGUCGCUGUGGAAAGAGUUCCAGGCCCUGAAAGCGCUAGACGUCAAGGAGGGCAAGGGAUGGAUGUACGAUGCUGAUCCUUUCAAGACGUUGCUGGAGCGGCAGGAAGCCAAAGCGGCGGCCGACAAGAAGAGGAAAGAGGCCGAGGCGGCCAAGGCCAGGGCCAAGGAGAUGCCCGGCGCGUCUGGGCUGGUCCUGAUGAACAGUGCCGGCUCUGGAGCAGCAUCAAACCCCAUGAAAGGGUGGACGGCGGCGCCAAAGGUCGAGAUGGGCAGGCAGACUCGGGUUCAGCUCGAAGCGCUGGAUGCCGCCGUGGCCGACCUUGCCAAGAUAGGCUUCCGACGCAGCCACGUUGAGGAAGCCGUCGAGUACUGCAAGGACCGAGAGGAAACCUUGGAAUGGCUCCUCAUCCACGUCCCCGAGGAUGAUCUCCCGCAGUGGGCCAUGCCAGAGAGCUAUUCGGCCGGCAUAUCUGUCGGCGCCACAAACUUGAGGAGAGAGGGCAUCAUCAAGUCGCUCUCGGAGCCCGGAUACUCCCUUGAGCUCUGCGCGCGGGUUCUUGACAGCAACGGCGGCGACGAGGGGAAGGCAGCCGAGGCAUUGCAAGAAAUGCUCUUUCCAACUGCAUCCCCCGACGACACUGGAUCUGGUGGGUUCUUGGACAUGGGGACGCCAGAAGAGCAAUGGGAGGAGGAGGUGGCAAGCCUCGAGUCCAUGUUUGGCGACAACUUUCGGCGCCAAGAUGACCAGGUGAUUCGGAUACGCCUGGAAGCAGUCACGAACGCCCAGAAUCCCAAGCAAGGAGAGGUGGAGACUUAUUUACAGCUGCCGUCCUACAUCAGACUGAGCAUCGUCAAAAAGGCCCUGGCGUACCAGCAAGAGUUGUUACAAGACGAGCCCAUGAAGAUGUAUCUCAUCAUGGACUGGAUACAGCAAAACAUCAACGGCAUCAUUGACAACCCGGGGAAAUUGGUGGAUAUCUCUGCUGUUUCUUCAACGGCUUCCGAAAACUGCCCCGUGCCGGCAGCAAAGAGUGCGGAGAGCAGGCGCAAGCCGGCCAAGACGAUCGAUUGGAUCCCCGAUGCCCAGAGCAGGGAAGGAUGGCUGAGGCGACAGCAAGCUCCAGCUUGGCGAGACAUGGAGUCUAAACGCCGGCGGUUGCCUGCGUGGCAAAUGCGCAAUGACAUCGUUGGAACGGUCAAGGAGAAUCACGUCACCAUCAUCAGCGGCGAGACGGGCUCGGGCAAAUCGACGCAGUCGGUGCAGUUCAUCUUAGACGACUUGUAUGGGGACGGCCUUGGCGGGGCCGCAAACAUGAUUGUCACUCAGCCUCGCCGUAUCUCGGCGCUCGGCCUGGCAGAUCGAGUGGCCGAGGAGCGGUGCACGCGCGUGGGAGGAGAGGUGGGAUACGCCAUUCGCGGGGAGUCUCGCCGGUCCAAGGACACGAGAAUCACAUUUGUCACGACAGGCGUCUUGCUGAGGCGUCUCCAGACGUCUGGCGGCAACGUCGAGGACGUGGCGACGGCAUUGGCCGAUGUCAGCCAUGUCGUCAUUGACGAGGUUCACGAGAGAAGCCUCGACACGGACUUUCUCCUCAACUUGAUACGCGAAGUCAUGAAGACGCAGAGGGGCAUGCUGAAGCUCAUCCUCAUGUCCGCCACGCUGGAUGCGGCAACCUUCAAGUACUACUUUGCCUCGGAAGGCCUGAGCGUCGGGACUGUCGAGAUUGCCGGCAGGACAUUCCCAGUGGACGAGUACUACCUGGACGACGUGAUUCGCAUGACGGGCUUCAACGCCGAGGCGGGCGACAAGGGCUUCAUUACCGACGACACAAUGGGCCGGGUCAUCCAAAAGCUGGGCCAUCGCAUCAACUACAACCUGCUGGUGGAGGCGGUCCAGGCAGUCGACUGGGAGCUCUCGGACGAGAAGAGGUCGGGGGGCAUCCUGAUUUUCCUUCCGGGCGUGGGGGAAAUCAACCACGCCUGCAGUAGGUUGCGGGAGAUGAGAUCGCUCCAUGUCCUCCCUCUCCACGCAUCACUGGAGACGCGUGAGCAGAAAAAGGUGUUUGCCAGCCCGCCGCCUGGCAAGCGCAAGGUCGUGGUGGCGACCAAUGUUGCGGAAACGUCCAUCACCAUUGACGACAUUGUGGUUGUGAUUGACAGUGGAAAGGUCAAGGAGACCAGCUUCGAUGCUCAGAACAACAUGCGGAAGCUCGAGGAAACGUGGGCAUCUCGGGCGGCCUGCAAGCAGCGGCGCGGGCGCGCGGGGCGAGUCCAGGAAGGCAAAUGCUACAAGCUCUACACGCAGAACCUCGAGCAGCAAAUGGCGGAGCGGCCCGAGCCCGAGAUCCGGCGGGUGCCACUCGAGCAGCUGUGCCUCUCGGUUCGCGCCAUGGGCAUGCGGGACGUGGCGACGUUCCUGGGGCGAUCCCCGACGGCCCCCGAUGCACAAGCCAUCGAGGGCGCCAUGAGGCUUCUCCGGCGAAUGGGGGCCCUGGACGGAGAGGAGCUGACGGCCAUGGGCCAGCAGCUGGCCAUGCUGCCGGCGGACUUGCGGUGCGGCAAGCUGAUGGUGCUGGGGGCAAUCCUGGGGUGCCUGGACGACUGCGUGACCAUGUCGGCCAUCCUGAGCACGAGGAGCCCGUUCAUGGCGCCGCAGGAGAAGCGGGAGGAGGCGAGGGAGGCGCGGAUGCGAUUCUCGACGGGAGACGGAGACCUCAUCACGGACCUUGCGGCGUUUCAGCAGUGGGAUGCAAUGGUCAAGGACGGGGUGCCCCAGCGGCAGAUACGGUCUCUGUGCGACGAAAGCUUCCUGUCUUUCCACACCCUGUCCGACAUUGCCAACACGCGGGCGCAAUACUACACGGCGCUGUCCGAGGCGGGCAUCGUGGAGCCCGGCAAGGCGGCGGGCGGCGGCGCGGUGUCGUCGCGGGACCCGCGGCUGCUGCGGGCGCUGCUGGCGGCCGCCUUUACGCCGCAGAUUGCGAGGAUCCAGUUCCCGGACCGCAAGUACGCGAGCUCCAUGUCGGGGGCCGUUGAGCUGGACCCUGAGGCGAGGGCCAUCAAGUACUUUAACCAGGAGAACGGGCGUGUCUUCAUCCACCCGAGCAGCACGCUGUUUGGCAGCCAGGGGUUCUCGGACAACGCGGCGUACAUGUCGUACUUUAGCAUCAUUUCGACGAGCAAGAUUUUCAUCCGAGAUCUUACCCCUCUCAACGUGUUUGCGCUGCUGCUCUUCUGCGGCUCCAUCGAGCUGGACACGCUCGGGCGCGGGCUGCUGGUGGACGGGUGGAUCAGGCUCCGCGGGUGGGCGCGCAUCGGGGUGCUGGUGGCGAGGCUGAGGGGCAUGGUGGACGCGGUGAUUGUGCGCAAGGUGGAGAACCCGGGGCUCGACCUGGGCCGCGACGAAGUGAUUGGCAUGGUGCGGCGGCUGAUUGAGCUCAACGGGUUGGAUGCGUGA